UUUAUCGGCAGCCAUCUUCUUGGGGGUGCUGGAAGCCGGGAAGACCCCCGAACCGUUCCCAUUGAGCUGCCCUUCGUUUUCGCUUUCUUCACUUCUGCUCUGCCGCGUUGCCAACAAGCACCUAAUCCCAAAGCUGAGAGAAAAGUCCGGGUCUGAGCGCGUUCGGCUCUCCUUCGGGAAGAUUCACUGGGGAGCGGGGCAGGGGGGAGGGCCCGGCAAACGGUUGCUGCCUCAGCCUGGGCCGGGGUCCGCAGAGGGGAAGCUCCCGGUACCCGGUGGGCGCGUGGCCUGCGGCGGCCCCGCCGAGGUGCUCGCCGACCGCGGCUCGCGGGAACCUGCCACCGGCACCUCCCACCGCGGCCCACGCGGACGGCGCGCGGAGGAGGGGGCGGCGGCGGCGGCGGCGGCGACCUGGGCGAGCGCAGGAGUGUGACCGGCCUCGGGGCCGCGGUGGAUGGUUUCUAAGAUGAUCAUUGAAAACUUCGAGGCGCUCAAAUCCUGGCUCAGCAAGACCCUCGAGCCCAUCUGUGAUGCUGAUCCAUCAGCCCUAGCAAAAUAUGUUUUGGCUCUGGUAAAAAAAGACAAAAGUGAAAAAGAAUUAAAGGCGUUAUGUAUCGAUCAGCUUGAUGUAUUUCUUCAGAAAGAGACACAAAUAUUUGUUGAAAAACUUUUCGAUGCUGUGAAUACAAAGAGUUAUCUACCUCCUCCAGAGCAGCCGUCGUCAGGAAGCCUGAAGGUAGACUUCCUUCAGCACCAAGAAAAAGAUAUAAAAAAGGAAGAGCUCACAAAGGAGGAAGAGCGAGAGAAGAAGUUUUCCAGAAGGUUGAAUCACAGUCCUCCGCAGUCAAGCUCCCGAUACAGAGACAACAGAAGCCGUGAUGAGAGGAAAAAAGAUGAUCGUUCUCGAAAAAGAGAUUAUGAUCGAAACCCUCCUCGAAGAGAUUCAUACAGAGACCGGUAUAACAGAAGGCGAGGGAGGAGUCGCAGUUACAGCAGGAGUCGAAGUCGAAGCUGGAGUAAAGAGCGGCUUCGUGACAGGGAUAGAGAUCGAAGCAGGACAAGGAGCAGAAGCAGAACGCGAAGCAGGGAAAGGGACCUGGUGAAACCUAAAUAUGACCUGGAUAGAACUGAUCCGUUAGAAAAUAACUAUACACCAGUCUCUUCAGUAUCGAACAUUUCGUCUGGCCACUAUCCUGUACCGACUUUGAGCAGCACCAUAACCGUGAUUGCUCCUACUCAUCAUGGCAAUAACACUACCGAAAGUUGGUCUGAAUUUCAUGAAGACCAGGUGGAUCACAACUCUUACGUAAGGCCACCAAUGCCAAAGAAACGGUGUAGAGAUUAUGAUGAAAAGGGGUUUUGUAUGAGAGGAGACAUGUGUCCUUUUGAUCACGGGAGUGACCCAGUCGUUGUAGAAGAUGUGAAUUUGCCAGGCAUGCUGCCUUUCCCAGCGCAGCCGCCUGUUGUUGAAGGACCACCUCCUCCUGGGCUGCCCCCACCUCCUCCAAUUCUGACACCCCCACCUGUGAAUCUUAGACCCCCUGUGCCACCUCCAGGUCCAUUACCACCCAGUCUGCCACCUGUCACAGAUGAUAUUUCUUAUUCUUUGGUUUUGACAGGACCACCUCCUCCACUUCCUCCUUUGCAGCCAUCUGGCAUGGAUGCGCCACCUAACUCUGCGACGAGCUCUGUUCCUACCGUGGUGACAACCGGCAUCCACCACCAGCCUCUUCCUGCUCCACCCUCUCUCUUUACUGCAGAUACAUAUGAUACAGAUGGCUACAAUCCUGAAGCUCCAAGCAUAACAAACACUUCCAGACCUAUGUAUAGACACAGAGUCCAUGCACAAAGGCCUAACUUGAUAGGACUAACAUCUGGGGACAUGGAUUUACCGCCUAGAGAGAAGCCUCCUAAUAAAAGCAGCAUGAGGAUCGUAGUGGACUCAGAAUCAAGGAAGAGAACUAUUGGGUCUGGGGAACCUGGAGUUCCUACAAAGAAGACAUGGUUUGAUAAACCAAAUUUUAAUAGGACAAACAGCCCGGGUUUCCAGAAGAAGGUUCAAUUUGGAAAUGAAAAUACUAAACUUGAACUUAGGAAAGUUCCUCCAGAAUUAAAUAAUAUCAGCAAACUCAAUGAACAUUUUAGUCGAUUUGGAACAUUGGUUAACUUACAGGUUGCCUAUAAUGGUGAUCCUGAAGGCGCCCUCAUCCAAUUUGCAACGUAUGAUGAAGCAAAGAAAGCAAUCUCAAGCACAGAAGCAGUAUUAAAUAAUCGCUUUAUUAAGGUUUAUUGGCACAGAGAAGGAGCCACUCACCAGUUACAAACUACUUCACCAAAGGUAAUUCAGCCUUUAGUCCAGCAGCCCAUUUUACCUGUUGUGAAGCAGUCAGUCAAAGAGCGGCUGGGUCCUGUACCUUCAGGUACUGUUGAACCGGCAGAAGCCCAGAGUGCUACUUCAGAACUUCCCCAGAAUGUAACUAAGUUAUCUGUGAAGGACAGGUUGGGUUUUGUAUCAAAGCCAUCUGUUUCAGCAACUGAAAAGGUGUUGUCUACAUCUACUGGUCUUACAAAAACGGUGUACAAUCCAGCUGCUUUGAAGGCUGCACAAAAAACCUUACUAGUUUCUACCCCUGCAGUUGAUAAUAACGAAGCACAGAAAAAGAAACAGGAGGCACUGAAACUUCAGCAGGAUGUAAGGAAAAGGAAGCAAGAAAUUUUAGAAAAGCACAUUGAAACACAGAAGAUGCUAAUUUCAAAACUAGAGAAAAACAAAACCAUGAAGUCUGAAGAUAAAGCAGAAAUAAUGAAAACAUUAGAGAUUUUGACAAAAAAUAUUACCAAGUUGAAAGAUGAGGUUAAAUCUACAUCUCCUGGACGCUGUCUUCCAAAAAGUAUAAAAACAAAGACUCAGAUGCAGAAAGAAUUGCUUGACACAGAAUUGGAUUUAUAUAAGAAGAUGCAGGCUGGAGAAGAAGUCACCGAACUUAGGAGAAAAUAUACAGAAUUACAGCUUGAAGCUGCUAAAAGAGGAAUCCUUUCAUCUGGCCGAGGUAGAGGAAUUCAUACGAGAGGUCGAGGUGCAGCUCAUGGACGGGGCAGGGGUCGAGGUCGAGGCCGCGGUGUACCUGGGCAUGCUGUAGUGGAUCACCGACCCCGAGCACUAGAGAUCUCUGCGUUUACAGAGAGCGACAGAGAAGACCUUCUUCCUCACUUUGCGCAAUAUGGUGAAAUCGAGGAUUGUCAGAUUGAUGACUCUUCACUUCAUGCAAUAAUUACAUUCAAGACAAGAGCGGAAGCAGAAGCUGCUGCAAUUCAUGGAGCUCGCUUCAAAGGGCAGGAUUUAAAGCUGGCAUGGAAUAAACCAGUAGCUAAUAUGUCAGCCGUGGAGACUGAAGAAGCCGAGCCUGACGAAGAGGAAUUUCAGGAAGAGUCUUUGGUGGAUGACUCAUUACUUCAAGAUGAUGACGAAGAAGAAGAGGACAAUGAAUCUCGUUCUUGGAGAAGAUGAUUUGACUGAUCAUUGAUCUGCAUAUGCUAGAACUCUACCUGUGUUUCAUUAGUAUUAUCUAAUGUACUUUUACAUAUUUGUAAAAACAAUUUUUGGUAAAAUAUGAUGACGAUGGAUUUCACAAAUAGAUAAAAGAGAAGAAAACUACCUUCUGAUCUUGUAUUUUGAAGAUUGAUGUUUGCAUUUUAUUUCAGUAAACAAUUGCUAAAGACAUCACAAUAGGACAUACGCAAUGUUUUAUUACAUACUUCUAUUGAACAUUACAGAAUUCUUUGGGUUAUUUGUAAAUUAAUGAAUAGAUUUCAAUACUUAUGACCCAAUACUUGUUAUAACAUAGAGGAUUUUGUUUUACUCCAAAUAAGGAAUGAAUUUGCAUUUAAAAUCUUAAUGAAUGUUUUAAAAAAUGAAUAGAUGACAUAGUACGCUAACUAAAGUCCCCAAGUUAUGUAUUCAUAAUACUGCAUAGUAGUGUGCUUAGGCUUUACUAUGUAUUAGCCGUUUGUUGGAUUUGUGUAUGUAUUUUAUCACAUGGGUGUUAAUGAUAAUGGUGUAUGACUGCUUUACAUAUGAGUCCUUAUGCAUCUGGAUGCUAAAAAUAAAGUGGAAUGGUCUCUUAAAAGAAAAAAGAAAAGAAAAAAAAAGCAAUGACAAAAAAAAAUUCAUGACAAUGUUCCUUGAUUUAAAAAAGAAAAAAGAAAAAGAAAAAAAAAAAGGAAAAAGAAAAAAAAAGAAAAAAAGAGAAAAUGAAACAGACCAUUCCAGAUGGUGAUCUGCCUUCCCCUAACUAUCAAAAGGAGCUAUAAUCUCUAAAUAAUAAUGGUUUCUGGUACCUUUACAAUGAUGUGAAAUCCAAUGUUUAAAAUUUAUACCACUUCAGUUUGGUUUGAUCAUAUAAAUUUUCAACAGAUGUCUUAAAAUUUAAAAGCAGGCUGAUUAGUUUGGAACCAGACUUCAAGUAGCGCUAACAUUUGGUGAAUAAGACAACUUCAUAUUACAUUUUGGAUGUAUGAAAGAAAACUUGACCAUUUGAAGAUGUAUGAAUAAAGAAAUGUACUAUAGAUACUACUUUAGGAAAACACUGUUUGUAGUCGUGAAAGAUGCCAAAUUGGCAGAGGCUCACGCUUCUUCUCUUUACACCAAACAGAGAGAGAACAUCACUGCCUGAAUUUAGCUUUGUGACUACACGAGCAAGCCCUGUUUUGUCCUGUCUGGAGACGACUGUUAAUAAUACCAUCCUGUCAUUUGGUUUGCUCUCUAUCAACCUGAAUAGAUGUUUACAUGUACUGUGAUGACCAUUUUAUCUUUACAGUCUGUACGAGGACAUCUGAGUCCAGACGUGUAUCAAAUGUGUGAGGUUAUGACCUUAGUUAGAAGUGCUUUCUUCCCUUUGUAGCAAUUUAAUUUGUAAAACACCUUAAGAAGGAACAAGGCCUUUUAGUUUCCUUAUGAGAUGUAUUAUGUCUCGGGCAAAUUGAGAAAAAUGUUUGGGAAAUCUAUGAAGCCAUGAGAGCAUUAAUUGAACAGUUUAGAAUGAAGAAAAUGAAUUAAAAAGUUAAACAUAAGUUUGGCUUUAAUUUUUUUUUUUUAUUUUUAGGAUAUAUUUAUUGAAUUAGGAUAACCACUAAGAGGAAGUACUUUUCCCAUACUGUCCUUAGUUUGUCUGUUUCUUGUGAGUAUUGAUCUGAUGGACUUGCCAGGGCCGCUACUCCAGUGCAGUUUCUGCUGUUCUUCUUAACUCCUCAAAAACAAGGAAAAUAAUUUUAUUUCUUUUCAAAUAAUAAAUGAUAACCCAUGGGUUCUAAAAUUGAAAAUCAUCUAUUAAAUUUGUCUAAUUUAUACAGUUUUCAUCACUUGUAAUCAAGACAUCAAAGACAAUCCUCUGAGCAAGGGGAAAUAGUGUUACGUGUUUUUUUUUUAAUGUGUUUGUUUUUAAAGAAUAAUUUUCAACUGCUUUAUAACUGUGUGUACUAAUUAUAAGCAAUAUAGCUUAAACUUUAAAAAGUAUAAAAUUUAAAAUUUUCAUUCUAAAUGUUAACAGAAUUCUUUUUCUAGCAUACCCAGACAGUUCUCACUGUUAUCUUGAGUAUUCCUUCAUAGAUUAUCAGGGGUAUUGGAGAAGUCGGAUGGGACAGCAGCUCUUACUUGGAAAAGUACAAAUUAUAUUGAUUCUAAUUUUUUUCUUUAAGUUCUACUCAGUCACAUUUUUUUCUACAAAGUUGAUCCCUGCAAACACUUUUUUCCUCUUGAGUAUGCAUUGUGAUUGUCCUCACAAGUAAUACAAAGUAACAGACUCAUUAGUCAUUUAUAAAUGAUUUGUUUUGAUCCACACUGAUUAUACAUGCAUGGUUAAAGGAAAAGCAUGUAUUUUAGAUAAUUAUCAUUUAAAUAAUAAUUUGGAUAGCCAACAGGGCAUUUUGUUUGUGUCCCACCACAUGCCCACUUUUUUUGUGGUUCUUUUUUUGCAAAUUGUCAGAUAGCCAUUAAGUAUUCAUAAAUGUUUAAUUAGACUAGUUGAUAUUUUUUCAUUUUUAAAAAAAAGACUUCACAGUAGUAGUGUUGUAGCUGCUUAAUUUAGAGCCAAAGAGCAUUGUCUAAAGAGACCACACUGCCAGGGACUCUUUGAUUGACAGGUGAGUGCUGCACACUGUCACCUUCACUGGUUUGGCCAUUGCUUUUUUCAUCUGCUGUUGACUUAACAGUAAAGCAAAGGAACGGAAUGUGCCCUUGGGAUCAGAGGUCAUGUUGAUUUCUCCUUAAGAUCAUUGCUUUUUUUUUUUUUUAAUUGUUGGUAAAUUCAGUUGGUCAGUUACAUUUAAGUUUUUAUACAUUGGUUAAUUAGAGAUUCUCUUUUAAUUUUUUUUCUUGAAUAGAUUUGUCAUGGAGCUACAUGUACAUAACUGUACAAAAUCAUUUUUGUGUAAUUGAAUGGAGCAGUUUACCUCUGCAUGAUUGCAUUAUGGAAGCCUUUUCUAUAUCUUUCUAUUUUUCAAUAUACGUAGAUUUUACAAUAUUGGUCGCUCUAGUCAUGCUAAUUUGUUGUUUUUUUAAUAGAAUUUAUAAAUAUUUAUGCUCAAAAUACAGAUCAACUAAAUAUUUUUGGUCUUGUUUACAAGAUAAUACUUUAAAGUGAUACAGGCCCCUCAAGUGUCUUAGGAAACAGUCCUUGGUGCUAUAAAAUCUCUCCGUGUCAUCGGAUCUGUGGUUUAGUCUUUGCUAGGCUUUAAUCUGUUAUUGCUUACAUCUUAGCUAGCAGCAGAAUUAUAAGGACUGUUGAGUUGGGGUAAGAGCGCAGCCCCAUUAGAGAACACCUAAUAAUUUAAGAAAAUGAUGCAGAAUGACUGUAUCCUUAUUUGUGCCCAGCUUCUCCCAAAAGAAAAUAGUUUAUUUUGAUAAGAGGGAGGCUAUUAAUUUGAGUAGCGUCUAAAAAUGUUAUACUCAAGCAUGUUUUUUCCCUCAUAUUUGAAAUGGAAAACUUUUCUAGUCCUAAAAUAAUAAUGAGAUUUGACUCUGCUUUAGACUCCCAUCUGUCCUUUCCUCAACCCAAGGCAGAGUGUUUCAUAGUACAGAUAUUUACAAAAUAUUUGGUGAGUUAUAAAGAAAUGAGUUAUGACAUUGUACUGCUUUUCCAUCGAUGUGUAUUUGUUCUGCCCCAAGAUUUUAUCCCAGCACCUCAGUGGAUGUUUGUAAGGUACACUGAAGCAUCAGCAGAGCGUUCUCUCACAUGCUCACUUCUGACUCUCAGAAUCCAAAACCUGUUUUGAGUGUGACAAUACUUCAGAACAUACUGUCUGGCACAAGAUUUCCUUUAAUAAGUGAUUUAUUUUAACUCAGUUUUUAUGGACUGUUGUUGAAUCUGAAAACACCAAAGGAGUCUUUUCUUGUCUGAAGACUGGGUUCUUCCAGCGGUUAGCACCUGUGCCCGUAAUUAUCCCAUUUCAUGAAUGCGUGUUGGCAUGGGGGAUUCCCUGCUCUUUGAGUGGAGCGAAAGUAACUGGUUAAGCUGUAGCAGCUUCCUUGUUUAUUUUUAAAAGUGAUGAUAAAACUUGAACUGAAAAAGGUAAAACUUGAACUAGAAAACUACUCUUGUAUGCACAGAAUGUUUAUAGUGACUGUGUUUAUGUGGGUUGUCAACACUUCUAUUAUUUAUAGUUGAAUUAUGUUGUUUAUUAAAUAUCCAUGUUUAUUAUUUUUAUAUUUUGAAUUUUUAAAAUAAAAUAGUCUUAAUAAAAA